GCUCAACAAAACACAUUUGACAGCCCUCAAAGCCCAUCCCCCUAUUCAAAAUGUUUUCAAUGUCAGGCUUGAGUUUCUUGCAUACGUUUUAUUUCUCUAUAGCUAUUGCUGGAGCCAUGUUUGCCCUUUUUGGUCACCUCCUACCUGAUUUCAGUAUUUCGAGCUCCGCAGUUGGCCAAACAGUUUGCAAACAAAUGGCCAGCCUUUGCACGCCAAAUUUGAACCACGACGAGCAGAAAUAUCAAGUUCAGAUCUUCUCGAGAGAUCCACUCAUUGUUUACAUCCGGAAUUUCGUGAGUAGCGACGAGAUUGCUUACCUGCUCGAUAUCAGUGAGGACAAAUACGAGCCAUCCAGGGUCUACGGCGGCUUGGAUGAGAGGCCAAUCGACCAAAAGACGCGAGUCUCCGAGUCUGCGUUCAUGCAUCGCAAGGACCCGGUGGUUCGCCGCAUCUCAAAGCGGGCCAGGGAGUUCCAAGGCUGGCGCGGCAAUGCCACACUCAUCGAGCCCCUGUUGGUCCAGCGGUACAAUGUCGACGGGUUUUACAGCUAUCACUUCGACUGGGACGAAUCUCUGGCCCAGGGAAACCGGGCUACGACUUUUAUGGCUUACCUGGUGGGCAACUGCACCGGAGGAGGGACGAAUUUCCCGUUUUUGCCGCAACCUAGAGAUACACGCUGGUGCGAUGUCAUCGAGUGUGACGAGGAAGGGAGGGACGGCUACCAGGGCGUGAUUUUCAAGCCGAUUGUGGGAUCAGCCAUAUAUUGGGAGAAUUUUCACCCUAAUGGGACCGGGCACAAGGGCGUCUAUCAUGCCGGCUUACCGGUCAGGUCAGGAAUGAAGGUAGGAUUGAAUAUAUGGUCGUGGGAUUCCGCUUGGGUUAGACCAGAGAUAGUGUAGGUUUGAGCUUUAGAAGGUAGUGAAGGAGUAAAUCUGAGUGCAUUUCAGUCUGGUCUGCGUAAG